UCCCUCACCCAUCUAAUCUCUCCCUUCCGCACGACGAACGCCCGUAGUUCAUAAAAGGCGUAUCUUAUCUCCCUUCAUCCCUGGUUGAUUGGUGGAAUCUCUGAACCUGUUGUACUACGACUCUUUUGGACGAAAAACAACGACACGAAGAUGUCUUACCACCAACGCCCUGCCUCUCCGAACGGGAGCAUCGUCAUCAUCCCCGAGCAGCGCAUCCGGCGCUCGCGGGACUACUACCUCGACGGCGCCGACCUCGUAGUUCUGGUCCAGCAGAUCCUCUUCCGGGUCCACUCGUACUUCUUCGAGCGUGAAUCGAUCUACUUCAAGCACCGGCUCUCGUGCCCGACCUCGCCCGGUCAAGACCGCGAAGGCUCUUCCGACACGAACCCCGUCAUCCUCGACGAUGUCUCUUCCGAAGACUUCGGGCGCUUCGUCUCCGUUUUCUACAACCCGAAAUACACGCUCUACGACCACAUGACCGUGCCCGAAUGGACCUCCGUCCUCCGCCUCGCCCACUACUGGCAGUUCCGCGAAGUCAAAGCGCUCUCCGUGCGCGAGCUCCAGACGCACACCAUCGCGCCCGUCGAGAAAAUCUCGAUUUACCAGACGUACAACGUGGACAUCCAGCUCCUCCUACCGGCCUUCAUCGCGCUCGCCGUCCGCCCGGAACCGCUCGCCGUCGACGAGGGCCGACAGCUCGGCUGGGAGACCGCGAUGUCGCUCGCCAAGGCGCGCGAGCUCGUCCGCGCCCUGCCCUCCACCAAGCCCAAGUCCGGCAACAACGCCAACAAGGAAGGCGCGAAGGAGUACGAGACGAACGAGGCCGAAGUGCAGAAGAUCGUCGAGCGCGAGGUGAUGACGACCGUCACGCCGCCCAAACCGGCGCUCCAUAUCAACGGCUCGUUCGCCGGCGCGUCCAAGCAGAACACGCCGCUCACCGCGCACGUCCGCUCGACUUCGAAUCCCUUCUCGCAGAGCUUUCAGCCGUCCAGCGCCCCCUCCACCGAGACCAACGGAGAGGCGAACGGCGACGCCGCCUCCAAGGCCGCCGACUCCGGAAAGGACGUCAACGUCAACGGAAAGGGCGGUGCCGCAAACGGGACGGGAAGCAUCUCCGGACGCCCCAAUACUGGUGCCAACGCCAACGGAAACCGUCGGCAGGGCAGCCAGUCCAACUUCCAGAGCUUCGCCUCCGCCGGCUCCAAGUGAGCCCGCGGUCGCGGAAGGGGAGGAGGCGCGGGCGCCGCAGGAGGUGGAGGAGGUGAAGGACGUGGAUGUGAAGGAGGUGCCGGCACCGAAAGUAACGGAGAAAACGAAAACCAUGUCGAAGGCAGCGCGAUUGCGGGAGGAAAAGGAGAGGAAGGAGCGAGAGGCGGAGGAGGCGGCGCGACGUGCCAAGGAGGAGGAGGAACGUCGCGAGGAGCAGAUGAGAGCUGCGGCGGAGGCGAAGAGGAAGGAGGAAGAGGCCCGGGCCUCGGAGAAGAGGAAGGCAGAGGAGGAGGAGAGGAGGCGCGAGGAGGAGAACGCCAGAGCCAGGCGGGUGGAGGAGGAGGCCAGGCGGGUGGAGGAAGCGGCGAAGAAGCGCGAGCAAGAGGCCAAGCAGCGUGAAGAAGAGGCACAGCAGUGGGCGCAGGCAGCCAAGGAGAAGAGCGCCCAAAGCUCGCCUUCGAAGGAGCUCAAGUCACCGUUCCCGUCCGCUCCUUCCACACCCUCUAAAUCAGGCACCUGGACCGGCCCGCCAGGUCCUGUCAUCACGCCCGUUUCGACCUGGCGUCCGCUUUCUGAGCGCAAGAAAUCGCAAGCGGCGAGCGUCAACGUCGCGGACGUGUUCAGCGACGCCACGGACCCUACCCCUGCGCCGUCCGCAGCGCGGCCCAUACCGUUCCCCGGGUCUUCUGCGACGCGCGAGCCCCCGCCGCGCAUCAUGACACCUCCGCUCUCUGCGCCGUCAACCAAGCCCGUCAUCCCCGCCAGUCUCGCCACACCCCUGGCCAAGAUUGGGGACUGGUUGGGCGGCCGGCGGCCGGGCACGUCGUCACCGCCCAAGCCCGCCUCGCCGGCGUUGCACGGAUCACCGAAGAAGGACACGUCGACACCGUCUGCCGUCGUGGCCACCAGCGCGAAGGACGAGUGGAGCGCAUGGGAGCGGCCGGAGGAGAGGAGCCAGUUCGGAGACCGGUGGAGCAUGAAUGCGGAGAAGGUCGUUGGGGAGAGCGUAGGGUACCUGACUCCCCUCCCACCGUCGUCGACGAAGGACAAGCAGCCGUCACAGGUGAUCGUAGAGACGAAAGUGGAGGAGGAUAAGGCGGGCAAGCAAACCCUGGUCAAGGAGGGUGACGCUGCCAAGAAGUGUGCCUCAGCCGAUGCCGUCAACGAUGCUCUGGGACCAAAGAACGACGCAAAGCCCAUUCCCGGCAAGGAGGGCAAGACCUCGAAGCCUCCAGCGGAGCCGGUCGUUGCCAAGGACAAGAAAGCGACACCUGCCGCAGAGCCCGCGAUCGCAUCCGAGAAAAAGGACGAGAUGCCCGUCGAGCAAGCAGUGGCCGCGAAGGAUGACAAGAGCGCGAAGCCCUCCGCGGAUGGUGGAAAGGUCGGUCAGAAUGCCGGUGCGAACGUCAAAGAGAGCACCGCUUCCAAGGGCCCGGAGACUACGUCCAAAAAGAGCAAGAAGAACAAGAAGGGGAAGGGUGGUGCUGCUGAGGAGAAGGCGAAGGAAGUCGUCGCGCCUGAUCCUGCCCCUGCCCCCUCUCCUGCCCCUGCUUCUACUCUCGCUGCUGUACCUCCUACCGACGCCACAGAUGUCUCAGCUACCAAUGCUAUAUCCGACACUCUUGACUCUAUUGCUAUCCCCGCGAAAGCUGAGGCCAACACAGCUAAGCAGCCUGAGUCGAAGCCCGAUGUUCAGGCUAAGACGAAGGGCAAAAUGAAGGGCAGCAAGGACGAGCCGCUUCCGCCUGUAUCCGACUCCAACAAAACCCCCUCUGUUCCCGUCUCCACGCCAGCCAAAGACGCAGACGUAGAAGCACCCGAGUCCGAGACCGUCGGACCACUCACCAAGGCUGCCAAGAAGAGGGCCAGGAGAAAGCAAAAGGGUACGGCCCCGGACGACGAAGCCCCUGCGACCGAGUUGGCCACCGCGAUUUUGGUCAAAGGAACGGUCACCGAAGGUUCUGCUCCUGAGACGGUUCCUGAGCUGUCAACUACGGAGAUCGAGCCGGAGAGUCACGCGCAGGAUAUCGUUCCUGAGACUGUACCGAAGAGCCCUGUACCCGAGACCCCUGCAGAAGAAACCACCCCCGAGAUCCUUGCAACGGAGGCCCAUGCCGCGGAGAGCGCACCGGAAAUUCCCGCCAGCACCAUUGAGACGGCCGCCCACGAAGCUGCGUCCGACCAACCUGUGUCGGACACUGCGCCAGAAAUUCCCGUCAACGGCGAGCCGCCUGCGACGAAGGCUAAGGCCAAUGAUCGGGAUUCAUCGACAGGAGUUGCUCUUAUGGGUGAUACGAAGGCAGCAGAGGAUAGGAAAGCGGCGGGUGAUACCAAGGUGGCAUGUGAUCCCAAACCGGUAGAUGAUCCCGAGACGGUGGACGAUCCCAAGGUGUCAAGUACUUCGCAAGAGGUUCCUCUCCAGAAUGACACGAAGACUGAGCCUCUUGCGACAACGACGGCGGAAGGAUCACCAUGGAAGAGCGCCCCACCUGUAAUAGAGGGUAUGGGCGGCGUAGAGAACAGCGACGGCUCUCAAGCGAGUCCGUCGAGGGAUCAAGCUGCCCAGGCGAUUUCCGCCACCGAGCACCCUUCCGAUCCCGCGACGAAGGAGAUGCAGGAAGCGCCCACGCCCGCCAUGGAGGAAAUCACGAAGGCUGUACCGCAGACAAUUCCAGCGUCGCAAGAAGAGGUACCUCACGCAUCUGCCGUCACACCACCAGCGGAAGCAGGCAAGACUAUGGAGUACAAGACGAAAGAUUCGCCGGUGGCACAUGCACCCGGUCAGGCGGUGACAUCUCCCGUGAUUACAGCAAAGCCGACAUCAUCGGAUUCGCAGAGGAAACUCAAACCGUCUGCAAGUUCCGUUGCUACUAGCGGAGAGACGAAAUCCGGGGGAAACACGUCGAACAAGUCUUCGUCUAGCGGGUCGAACCCUCCAUUGCCCACCAGAGAGGUAGAUGAGACAUUGACAGAUGCAACUCAAAUGUUGCAGGAGGCCCGUGCGGCGCCUGUGACCGCUUCCCUCCCACCAGUCAAGCCUGGUACUCCAGCCAAACGAUUGUCGUUGACUGAAAGGCUUGCUGCUGUUGGCAACAAAGGCAAAGCGGAUUCAUCGACGGAUAAGACAAAAUCCGAAGAACAGACCAAGAAGGCCAAUUUACCGAGCAACCCUAUCCCUCAUAGUACGACUGACCAGAAUAUGGGUGACACCGCGGUUGCGAAAAUGCUUCCUUUCGCUGCGGCUGGGCCUACAGACCUUACUUCUACUUCUGCUACGGGCACAGACGCCAUUUCUCCGACAACGGUGGAUCACUUUUCCCAGGCCAAAUCGGAGCCCGCCUCGCAGUCGACACUCGCUCUGGAGAGCGCAUUGGUUGACGUCGCCUCCGCUCCAUUGCCCUCGCCUCCAAGCGGCGGCGUCUCUGCCCCUGCGGAGGAGCAUAUCGCUGAAGUCGACCCAUGGGGCGAUGCUACAUCGCUCGAUGUUCCUCCCGAUCCAGAAGUCGAGGCGAUUGCCGAUCAGUUCGCAGGUCUCAAAGUCGGCUAUGGACAAGUAGAGCCCGUAAUUUCCCCGGCUAACAAAAAUAGCGCAGCCAAGGAUGCAUCCAUCGCUACUACUGCGCUCGAGACCGUCGCAUUGAACCCUUCGAACCAUUCGACCGGAUUGCCUCCACUCACGUCGUCGUCCAGUGUUGCAACGUCAGCAUCAGCAGCGCCGCCAGAUACCUCUGGGGCUCAAAAGUCGAGCGCUGUCGAUGCUACAAGCGCGACAUCUGUUGGCGAUGCAUCUGCAGAGGAACGGACGAAUCUGAACCCCGCAUCUCCUCCUAGUGCUGUACAAAACCUGGCUAGCGAAGCUAUUGACCGUUCCCUCGCGGUUGAAAAUCUGCAAGCUAGUGGUGGUGAAGCCACAUCGUCCGCUCCUGCUCCGAAUGAACUCGCUCAGGUCACGGACAGGGCACCUGAGCCACAGACUUCCUCGAAGGACGCCUCAGUCACUGACACGAAAAGUACCCCGGGUUCCGGUCCCGCCGAGGGUGCGGAUCCACUCGCUUCAGCAGCGCAAUCAGCCGAGGCGAAACCCCAACCUGACCAGCCUCGUGAAAAGCCCAACCUCGCCAAGCUCACCGUAUCUUCCGCAUCCGAUAGCCGACCUAGUACACCCGACUCUGUUCAAUCCCCCGUCCCGUCCGAAUCCGGCGCGGUCCUGACGCCCGCGCAGAAAAGGGCGGCCAAGAAGGCCAGGCAGGCGGAGAAGAAAGCAGAAGAGCGGUUGAAGCAGCAAGAAGAGCGGUUGAAGCAGCAAGAAGCGCUGGAGGCCAGAAGGCGCGAGGAAGAGGAGGAGCGGAGGAAGGCGGAGGAGGCGGAACGCACGGAGGAGACAAAACGUGCGGAGGAGGCACGACGUGCGGAAGAGGCGAAGCGUGCCGAGGAGGCGGUGUCGAGGCGGGCGACGGAGCCGAGGCGGGCAAUCGCGCAGGACGCGGAACGCAAAGCAAAGGUUUUGACUAAUGCACAAAGUGCUGCGAGAGCGCCAGCUGGUCCCUGGGCGAAGGGCCCUCCUGGACAGAAUGCCUGGGGCUCCAAAUCAGCAUCGAAGCCAGCGCAGGUACUGCCCAACCCGGUGACGACGCCGAAGGAGGCUCAACCUUCCGGUCCGCGCAGUUGGCUAAGUUCUUUCGCCAAACAGGUCGAAGGGAAACUUGAAGGGUUAAUCAACGGGGAAGAGACUGACACAAGUUCGACAUAUGAAGACGCACGCAGUGAUAUGACCGAACGAUAACAACGUAAUUCUGACGCAUUUAUAUGAUAUGUGAUUGAACGAGUUGAAUGUGUCAUACUUGCUUGACAUCAAGCCGCUGUGUUUGAUGGUCUGGACGACAGAUGUCGAUGUAGUUCUUGUAUGAGUCCAUGGAGG